CGCCGCUGCGCGUCACGUCAACAUCUGCUGGUCUCCACCGUUAGCUAACUCGCGUUAGCAUCUAUCCGUCUGCCGGGUUUCACAGGGUGUGUACUUUCACUGUGAGGUUACUUCUCCGAAUCCGAAACAUGUCGGUAAACGGACCCGGAGAAGACCGCACGGACGCGAAGACUGAGCAGUCGGAGGUGUCUUCGUCAGCUUCUGCCCCAGAGGAAGUGGACGCUAAACCCAACGUCCACAGCUUCAGAUACAGCCUGAGUUUCCCCAGCAUCGGCCAGUGCAUCAUCAUCAACAACAAGAACUUUGACCGAGGAACAGGGAUGAAUCAACGAAACGGCACCGAUGUAGACGCUGCCAACGCGAUGAAAGUGUUUGGAAAUUUGGGCUAUAAAGUGAAGGUUUACAAUGACCAGUCGGUCGCGCAGAUACAACACGUUUUAACAUCUGUGUCGAAGCAAGAUCACAGCUGCUCUGCUUCGUUUGUCUGCGUUCUGCUGAGUCAUGGAGAUGGGGACUUGUUCUUUGGUACGGACGGCCCUGUGCCGCUUAAGAGUCUGACCUCCCUUUAUCGAGGUGAUCGCUGCAAGUCAUUGGUGGGAAAACCCAAACUCUUCUUUAUCCAGGCUUGCAGAGGCACAGAGCUAGAUCCGGGCAUUGAAGCAGACAGUGUAAAAGAUGAAACUACCAGGAUCCCCGUGGAAGCCGACUUCCUCUAUGCCUUCUCCACAGCGCCAGGAUACUACUCAUGGAGGAACACUACAACUGGGUCCUGGUUCAUGCAGUCGCUGUGUGACAUGAUCAGCAAAUAUGGAAAAGAAUUGGAGCUCCAGCACAUCAUGGUUCGAGUCAACCACAAGGUGGCGGUGGCGUUUGAGUCUGUCUCCAAUUCCCCCGACUUUAAUGCAAGGAAACAAAUCCCAUGCGUUGUGUCAAUGCUGACCAAAGAGAUGUAUUUCUCCCCUUGAUGUUGCGAGAGAAAUGCCAUUUUUAGUUUAAAGUUCAGCUCACAUAUUUGUGAGAUGUGACAGGCACAUUUCAAAAGCUUGACAUUAUAAGGUUCCUUCUGUGGUGAGUCCUGCUCUGAGCUGUGAAGCGUUGAGUCUGCAUUUUUUUUCCCUUUUUUUUAAUUUUUUUAUAACCAUUUUGAAUUCACUUGUAAAGAUUCAACCUAAAAUAAUAGGUUACUUAAUGGGAGUAAAUAUACCAUGAAUCUAAAUUAUCGAAUGUAAUUGAGCCUUAUAAUUCCAAGCUCAUUGAUCAAUGCCUCUUUGUAUCAAACACCUUUCAGGGAAAUGUAUUGGGAGCCAGUUUGACGAUCUUUUUAUAUUUGUUUGAUUAUGAAAACAUGGAUGGGUUUGACUCAAGUUUCUAAACUAUUGUACUAUGACAGGAUCAUGUCAUUUCUUUUUUGUUUUUAAAAGUGACAAGACUUAAAGGUUAAGACUAAACUAAUCAAUCAUUCACUGAAAUAUUAGGCUUCAUGAAUGGUGCACUUGGUAAGUAAAUUAAAGGAUAAUGUUGUCUAGUGAAUUCAGUAACACCUAGAAAGCUAUUGUGAAUUAUGUUUUUGGGUUUUUUCCUACGGUUUCAUAGAAUGGAUGAGAAAAGCCAGCCUACUUGCACGAUGCUUUCAUUUGCGCAGAUCCAUACUUGAAUACAUGUUUACAUUUCAUCUGAGGAAAAGAUGUUUUUUUUUGUUGUUUUUUUAAAGGUUAAAACCACAAACUGGGUUCUUUUUCACUUUGCAACAAUGAUUGCCCAUCACAAAUCUUUGUAAGAAUCCAGGUGCUGGUCAUUAGUGAGUAAAUAUUAACAUUUACGGCAAACUAGCCGAAAAUCACUUUUAGUGUAGACAAAUCACUGUUUUUAUGUCAUAGCAAUACACAACUUUGCUAUGGGAAUUGCCACUGGCUGUUUUUAUAUCACUAUUUUGUAACCAGUGAUACUUUGAGGUUUGUGGAAUGUUUUUGUUUUUUUCUGAUAAACACUUUUCCUUCUCUGUUGUACAGCUGUCACUGAUUUAGUAUCAAUCCCCUGCAAAGCCGCCGGUUUGAUCUACAAAAGUACUUUAUUAAAGCUUCCUAAAUGUGA